GACGGGGGGAGGGUGAAGGCAGUAGGUUGUUGGGCGCUGUCGCGUUGUCCCUUUCCCUUACAAGAGCUGACGUUGUCACCCGGCUCUGCGUCAUCGUCCGGCUUACAGCCUCCAGUGGCGUCUCUUCUCUGCGCCUUUACGGGCGGCCCGCCCGGCGGCGGGAUUGCCUGCGGUGCCGUUAGCAUCGCACACAAGGACUGCGCGAAUGAUGCGGUGGUGGGUUGGGGCUGUAGCCGCAGCCCAGGGGUCAGUCCCCGCCUGUUGCCGGCUCCUGAACGUGCCCCCUUGCUAGUGCCUUGUGACGUUUACGUUCUGAGGCCUGUGGGUGACGAGUGUACCGGGUCGGUGCAGUACUUUAAUGCCAUGCCAAAAGGCAGCCCCAGGAAAUUCACUAUUUUAAACACCCACCCCUCCCAAAAAAAAAGUAUUCCUCCAUCAAGUGCUUCUCGUGGAAGGUGGGCUGGCAAGACCCGUCAAAUGAUGAGAAACAGCCUCCUUUUUCUAGAGGCUCUGGAGAGCCAGGGCAGCUCUGACUAGGCUGGGGGUUUCUGUGCAAGAGCUGUCGUUGUCACGAUGGGUAGUGUUCAAGACAGGAGGCCAGAUGUUUUAGCCCACUCUGAGCUCCCAGAACUGAUCUGAAGGCUGACAGCAGAAAUUCAGCAUCUGCAGCACCCUGGGACUACAGCUUCACCCCCUCACCACCAUCUGCAGUGGUUUUCUUCUACAAGUUGUUCAUCCACAUGAACGAUGCCCUCUGCCUGCCCCCACCUACCAUCUGCCUGUUACCAUGUUCAAUUGGACUUUUUCACCAGUGGAGAUCCAAAUGGAAUUUCACAUAGAAGAGGUGCUGAAGGAGACAAAGACAUUCUGCCCAUGCUUAUCUAAAAUAAGCAGAUUUUCAAGAGUUGCUCCUCCUGACGCCCUGUCAUACAAGAACAGAGAAUGAUUGAGAAACACACCUGAUCCAGGCACUCUGGAUUUUUCUCAGCAUUUGUUCAAAUAUUAAGAUUUUGGCUGUUUUCCCCCUCCUUUCAGCCCCCUUCCCUUCCCCUUCAGACUCUGCACGUUGCCUUGGGCGGUGCCAGCGGAGGGCACUCUAGCACUGCUUUUGCCGGAUCAGACCUUGCCCAGGGUUUCGGUUCAGGGCGGGAUUCAGAAAACAAGCGUUCCAAACCAGUCGAGUAACCUGUUUCACCCAGAUGCUGCUACUAGAUUUCUCGGCAUUUUAUGCAUUUUCCCUUUCUGUGAACUUCAGAAACCACCCUUCCCUGUAUCUUAACUGUUUCCAAGUGCUGGUUUUGCUCCUACUACCAGUGGGGCAAUCUGCUUGCCCUCUGGCUUACUAUAUAGUAGUCCGGGAAAGGAAAAAAGGGAAGAAGUGUUCAAAAAGGCUGUAGAAAGCCAUGCUGCAUACAGCUGCCUUGUUGGACAACCACAAAUACAAUCUAUUUGCAAACGGUUAUCUUAGGAAGGGCUCCUGUUUAAUUUUAAUUUUAUAAAUGCAAGAAUCAUGCAGCGUGUGAAUUUACUGGAACAUUUUGUAAUAUUUACUGUGUGAAAAGGUUAGUCAGAAUCAUUGAUGUUAAGAAUCAUCUUAAGUCUGGAGCCAACUGCUGUGACAGGGGAAGUAGACAGAGUUGCUGGGGAGUUUUAUUCCUAAUGUCUCAGAGUAUUAUCAGAUCAGGCUAAUCUUUAUGCUGAUAGUAUAAAUCGUCCACUUUGAAAUGGCUUUUGCAUUUGCGUUUAGGGUUGUUAGACCCUCUUUUUGUCCCUGCCUCAGUGUAUCUAGUUGCGUGCGUCAGUGCUGCUCUCAUUAGUGAGGAAAGCCCUGAGCCCUCGCUUCCUGGAACAGCAAGACUCCAUGAUUUACUCUACACGUCCCAGAGUCCCACAGUGAACAUCUUACUCAUGAAUUAAAGUUACUGUCUUUCAAUGAAACCAUUAAAGAGUGAAUGAAGUAAAUGCGUCGUAGAUACUGAUACAUCUACUGGUAGCAGAAAAAUUUACUAACUUGACCAUUAACCCUGGACUGAAGGCUAGGUUUUUGGUAACUGCUGUAUCUUAAAAUUUCAAAUACUUAUGAACCGGAACUUGCUUUACAUCAAGAAACAGUUCCCUAUGUUUCUGGUAAGAGAAAGGUAUUGCACAACAUACUGUUUAAGCAAACAAGAUAUUAUGUAAUUGUUCAAGGAGGAAACUUGCAGAGAAGGAACCUACAGAUAAUAUGGAGUCAGUUUUUGACACGCACUGCGACAUUUUACUGCUUACAGAAUCUUUUUAAUUUAAGAGCAUGCUGGUGUGGUUUGCAUAUUAGAUUCACUGUUCCACAGUUCAAGCAUUGAAACUUUCAGUCUGAACAAUGGAAUUUAUAGAAAGCAACAGAGUACAUCUCAUUCAAAGAAUGGGAAUGAUCACUGUGAAGCAAAUAGCAGAUGACCUUCUGGCCUGCAAUGUCAUGUCUUGUGAAGAAGUGAAUACCAUUGCCUGUGAAAAGGUUGAACAAGAAGCCUCAAGAAUGAUGAUUUACAUGAUUUUGAAUAAAGGUUCAGAAGCCUGCAAUAUUUUGGUUAAGUCACUUGAGAAACACAACCCUUUUCUCUUUCGUGACCUGCAAGGAUAUUGUACUACUGGGCAAGUGGAACAAGAUAAAUUAAAUUACUUGAUUCAGGAUUUAAAGUAUGUGUAUCUGUCUUCAGCUUUUCAAAAAUAUCAUCCUCUGGGUAGUGAUAUUGACAUAAUUUUUGAUUUGGGAACUGCCUAUACUGAUGUCUUGCUGUGGAAAAAAGACAUACAUAAUAGCAGGAAAGGGCAGCUGACGCUAAAUGUCCUUCUGGAGGAACUGAAAAAUCCCUGCAUUAUAGAAGGAGAAGCUGGCAAAGGAAAAACAACUCUUCUAAAAAGAAUUGCUGUACUCUGGGCUUCUGACAAUUGCUCUGCUUUGAAAAAAAUCCAAUUUGUUUUCUUUAUCAGCCUGACUAGCACAAGAGGUGGAAUAUAUGAGACUGUCUGUGAUCAGCUUCUUUUUGAACAAUACCCCAUCUGCAAACAAGAUUUCAUGAAAAUGCUCCUAGCACAAAGACAAAGAGUCCUUUUCCUGUUAGAUGGAUAUGAUGAAUUUAACCCCCAAAACUGUCCAGAGAUAGAAGCAAUGAUUAAAGAAAACCACAAAUUCAAGAACAUGGUCAUUAUUGCUACCAGGACUGAGUCUAUCCAUAAAAUCAGACAGUUUGGGUCACUGAUUGCUGAAAUAGGAGAUCUAUCGGAGGACAGUUGCAAGAAGCUCAUUAAAAAUGUCUUGACAAGUAAGCUGGCUGACGGUCUGUUAAACCAGCUUAAAGAGGCCACUUCCAUGAAGAGCCUUAUGAAGACUCCACUCUUUGUCAUCAUUGCUUGUGCCAUCCAAAUGGGUGAAAGUAAUUUUCAUCCAAGCACCCAGACUCUACUUUUCUCUACUUUGUAUGACUUGAUGGUGGAGAAAAACAGGUACAAAACAAAAGAAAUAACAGAAAAUCAUAUUAUGCUGAGCAUAAAUCAUUGUGGAGACCUAGCUUUAGAUGGAAUAUUUGAUCAAAGAUUUGAUUUUCAGUCUGAGGAUUUAGUUGAUGUAAAAGAAGAAGUCCUGCUAGCUUCAGGUCUUCUGAAUAAAUACACAGCUCAAAGACUAAAGCCAACAUAUCGAUUCUUCCAUAAAUCAUUUCAGGAAUACACUGCAGGCAGACAACUUUGCAAACUACUGACAUCCUGCCAAGAAGCAGAGGUGAAGAAAGGGUAUAGCUAUCUACAGAAAAUUAAUACUAUUUCAGAUAUUACUGAUACUUAUUUCAAUUUGCUUCUCUACACUUGUGGAUCCUCUCUAGAUGCCACUAGAAUAAUUUUGGACUUAUUGAAAAGAAUUGAUCAGCAUAGAAAUAUUUCUCAACUGUUUUCAUUAAAGAAUCUGGCUUUGGAAAGCAAAUACACAAAACCAUCAGACAAUAUAACAGAAAAGGAAGAUUUAAAUAAAACUAACAAGGAUAUUUUUGCAGACUGUGUCAUUAAUUUCUUUUAUGAAAGUUCUUCAAAAUCAGCACUGAGCCAAGAUUUUGAAGAGGUUUUUUGUGAUAAAAGUAUUUACAUUAAUACUCAAAAUAUCCCAAUUUAUUUCUCUGAUUUUUUUAGAUACUUACCAAAUUGUGUUAGUGUACUAGGACUCGUUAAGUUAGAUUUUUUUGGAAAUUACACACCAAGUAAGGAAAUAGAUGAUGAGAAUGUGGAAGAUGUUCAAAUUAGUUCACUUAAAACUUACAUUCCUGAAAAGGCCGUCUCCUUAUUCUUCAACUGGAACCAGAGUCUCAGAUCUUUAGAAAUUACACUGCAAGAUUUCAACAAGUUAAAGAAACGUGAUAUUAAAUAUCUGGGCAAAAUAUGUUGCUCUGCUGCAAGCCUCAAGCUGUGCAUCAGCAAUAGUGCUGGUAUCACGGGAACACUGAACGAAGUCCUUGAAACCUGUAAAAACUUACAAGAUCUUACUGUGGAGUCCACACCUCUUACUGUAGAAGAUGAGCAACAGAUCACAACAAUGACAAAGCUGAAAACCUUACAUGUAAGGGAUCUGCAAAGUGAAAAUCUAGAAGGUGGACUUAUUGAUGGAAUAAAGAAACUUGUGAAUACUGAAGGGCUUGUACUGGACAACAUAAGUAUGGAUGAAGGUGAUGCAAAAAAAUUAGCUGAAGGUGUCAGAAAUUUGAGAAAGCUACGCUUACUAUACAUGAAUCAUUUGACAGCUAUUGGCGAUGGCAUAACCUACAUUGUAAGAUCAAUCUCUGAUGAACUAAGUGAACUUGAAGAAAUCCAACUAGUCAACUGCUGCAUCUCGAGUGAUGCUGUGGAAAUUCUAGCUCAGAAUCUUUGUAAUUUGCCAAAACUGAAUGUACUUGAUUUGUCGGAAAAUUACUUAGAAAAGAAAGGAAAAGAUGCUAUCCACAGACUUGUCGAUGGCUUAAGUGUCCUACCUGGGAUGAAAGUGCUGAUGCUUCCCUGGGGAGAUGACAUAAAGGUUUGCCUAACAAAAUUGUUAGAACUACUGGAAACAAUGCCACAGCUGACAAAACUUGGAUUGAGGAAAUGGAACCUCACUGAUGUGGAGAUCAGAAUUCUAGGCAAUUUUUUUGAGAAAGAACACCUAGAGAACCUUCAGCACUUGGACUUGGCAAUGAACUGUGUGACAAGCGAUGGCUGGCUUUCCUUCAUGCAGCCACUGAUCUCUCUCAAGAAGCUGGUAUCUGUAGAUUUCAGCAGCAAACAGGACUGGGUGCCUGCAUCACUGUUAGUCUGUAAAUUAAGUCAGGUACUAACCACACUGAAUUAUUUAAAGGAGAUUAAAGUGACUGGAUGGAAGUUUGAUUGCCAUGAUCUUGGACUUAUUAAUGGUGCAAAAGUAAACUGCAGAAAACAAUUUCAGCUAGUGCAUUCUUAAACAGAACGAGCUUUCCCAGUGGACAUUCACUUACAAUCUUUCCCAUUUGAGAAAUGCUCUUCUCUGCAACCACACAUUGAAUCUGCAGCUCUAGGGUUAUUUGGAUCUCCUGGUCUGCUCAUGAGACGGGAGUGAGAACAGUAUCACGUCCUCUUCUGGGAGAAACAGGUUAAAAGAAAGUAAAAGAGAGAUCACCUUGCAUUAGCCCCAAAUCCUGCAACCUAUAAUGACUCUCAGUCUUUAAGUGGUUUCAAGGAGUGUUCACUUUAUCUGUGCGUGCUUUCUAUGAGAUCAUUUUUAUUAGCUUUGAAGUUUAACUGUGUAGAUUAGGGAAAGCUCUUAACAAAAAGGUAAUAAAGGCUGCAGCUUGAUAGGUGUGUGUGGGUGUUUUACCAUGGAUUUUUUUCAGUUAGACAGUAUAGUUGUCUGACCUAGCACAGAGGCAGGGCAAUUCCAGUAUAGUUUCAUCUCUACAAUACACUACGGGAAAAUUUAUUGCAGAGACAUAAUACACCAACGGACAUAAUAGAACCAAGCUGGAAACCUGAGCUGUAGAGCAGGCAGAUUUGGGUAAGGCCUAGAGAGAAAAUAAGAGCCAGAUGAGGGCCUAUUUCUGAUGCUAUGCCAAAAAACCAAAGGAUUAUGCGAGCAUGAUGCAGUCACCUUCCUAAAGCCAUAAAUGGGACAUGUAAAGUUUUUCAGUGGAGAAAAGGAAAAGAGAACUGAAAAAUAAGUCCAUGAAGUCACAGAAGUGAGCAGAUGAUGUUGCUGAGAUAGUUGGGGGCAAAUCUGUACAAAUUUGAUUUGACAGUGCUAUCAAAUUGAACUGCUGACUUCACUUGGUUUUAGGCUGUUAUGCUAUCCAGCCUUAUUCUUCCAGUCUGAAAACUUUUCUGUUUUCUAUGAAAAAAUUAACAAAACCACGCAUAAUUUAAUUAUUGUAAUUAAAGGACUAU